AUGCGCCCCUCACGGAUCAAUUCGAUCGGGGUAAAUGCCGAACAAGACAUUUUCACUGUUGCUACGGAUCAAGGAAUACGGUUAUUUAACGUCAGCCCGUUGACGUUGCUUUCUGGAAUACCUAAGGAGCUUGUCGGGUCUGUCGGAGCAUGCGCCAUCCUUCACAAAUCCAACCUGGUCCUCUUCUCUGGAGCCCCAGGCUCAAAAUUCCCACCGAAUACGGUUUACGUUUGGGAUGACAAGGCGAAAAAGCUCGUUUUGGAGGUGACAGUGCCAGCUGGUCAAAUCCUAAAUAUCCUCGCUUCAUACACCCAUCUCGUCAUCGUACAACCACGGAAAUUGCAUAUAUUCCAAUUCCCAAAUCCAUGUAAAUUACUGCGAACUGAAGAAGUUGCCUUUCAUCAGAAAGCCAUCUGCACGUUAAGCCCAGAUAUCCUGAAUCCCUGUCUGGCUUUUACGGGUUCAAGCAUUGGCACGGUUCAAAUAAUGAGCCUGGAAAAGGUCUCGACCAGCUCCUCGCAGCAUUCAAAAAACAUCAAUGCUCACAAAAAUGAAAUUGCUCAAAUGGCGAUGAAUAAACAAGGAACACUGCUGGCCACUGGUUCAGUUAAAGGGACUGUGAUCCGGAUAUUCGGAACUAGGACUUGCCAGCCAAUGUGGGAAUUCAGAAGAGGAACGGAUCCGGCAGGACUGUAUUGUAUGCAGUUUUCUCCGUGCUCCACCUUCCUGGCCGUCUCCUCCGACAAGGGCACAAUUCACAUCUUCUCAUGCAGAGAUUCGAAAAAGGAAGUCGUUGCCCCAAAGAAAACUAUUCUACAACAGUUUAUGCCAUCCGAGCAGCGAAGCAUCGCCCAAAUUAGCCUAGAAUCACGCGUUCUCGCGCUAGCUUUCGUGCCGGAGACGAAAACCCGGUUCCAGUCCAUUGUUGCAUUGUGUACGGAGGGCACCUAUCACCGGUUUUCCUUCGACAUCGAGGGCUAUACAAACCGUGAAGGCUUCGACUACUACAUGCAACUAGGAGACGAAGAGGAAUUCUGGUCACAACCUUUC